AUGCCUGUAUUUAUAGUGGACGGUGAACGUUACCGAAUACCAUUCAUGCCGUUAUUCAGAGGCUACAGGACUACAAACGAGAGAUGGCUCACCUAUAAUGCAAAGAUUCGUGGGAAAGCUACGCCCGAAGCUUCUAUAAACACCAGAUGGUCUGCUCAAGACGAUAUGAUCCUUCAGGAUCUUAGAAAAUGCAAUAUCCCAUGGAAAUAUAUAUCUGCUGCGAUGAACAAUAAGCCUGUCGAAGAUCUCAAAGAGCGAUGGCUGAACCUUCGAGAGGACAUCACGAAAGACAUUGUUGCAAAACCGAGAAGAGAUACCAACGAGGUGCAUUUCAUCUAUGAAAUGUCGGAAGAUGGGAGAGUUGAGCGAAAUGUGUCUUUCUCAGAUCCAUUGGUUACUAAUGACAAGACUGACGAUCAUCUGAUUGCCUCUCAACCAUCAAAAGUCAAACAUGUGCUCUAUACUGAUGAAAAAUUUGAUUUGGAGGACGUGUUACUUCUGCAUACAAUUGCUGCCAAUUGGGAUAGAGACAAAUGGUUGGCUGUUAGCACCCAUUUCAACGAGAGGACCGGGCGCAGUAUUACCCCAGACGAGGCCAAAUCGAUGAUCAAUCCAGAAGAAGUCAGAGAAUGCCAUUGCCAAUGGAGAACCUAAACCAACGUUGAUUUUUUCUCGAGACCCAUACCGGGGUUUUCGGCAACCGGCAACACCAUGUGGUCGGUACAUGGAAUGCUUGAUGGCUCGAGUACUUGUCCUAAAUGGGCAGGUUAGGUGGACAUGUCAGAAUAAGAAUGUGGACGUAAUAUUUUCCCCUC